AUGGACGGCACAAUAGCGACGACGGUGGGCAUCAAUCAGGCUACUGGGGGUGGGGUGCUGCUGCCCGAUGCCGUCCUCGACAAGCUGUAUCAGAGCUACGCGCUCAAGCAGAAGCGGGUCGCCUUUACCUGCUAUCUGAUCGCCUCGAUCCUGUUCGACAUCUGGGCCAUUGCGGUACCGCAGGGACAGAGCGUGGAAAGCAUAGUCGUCACCAGCGUGUUCCUCACCAUCAACAUCGUCCUGGCGAUCGUGUUGCGCUUCUGUGGGCGGGGUCGCUUCCGUGGCGUCAUAUGGGAAAUCGCACCCCAUCUGGCGUGGCUGCUCGCCAUUAAGCAGCUCUUUCUGCAGCUCUUUCUUAAAGGCUCGGUAACACCCAGAGAUUCACUCGGAUGGGCGGUGUUGCUUAAUUUUUUAGUAUAUGUGACAUUGCCAGUGCUGCUGAAGUACACCGGGAUUCUGCUCGGGCUCGGCUCGUUCGCCACCUACGUCAAUGCAAUUAUCGGGCUGGCCAAGAAGGAGAACUAUUUUUGGGAACAGCAAGUGGCUAACGUACUUCUACUGAUUGCCGCCACCCUUAUCGGGCUGCUAUGCUACUUCUUGGCCGAAGUGAAACAACGACGAGCCUUUCUCGAGGCAAAGCAAGGUCUAGAGGUGAAGAUGCUGAUCGAGGAGCAGUCAGCCGAACAGGAGCGACUGCUACUGUCGGUGCUACCCGAGCAUGUUGCGGUCAAGAUGCGGCAAGAUCUCGGUUCCACCAACUCGGAGCAGUUCAAGAAAAUCUACAUGAGUCGCCAUGAAAACGUCAGCAUACUGUAUGCAGAUAUCGUCGGCUUCACGGCCAUCUCGUCCACCUACUCGGCCCAGGAUCUGGUGAAGAUACUCAACGAACUCUUUGCUCGCUUCGACCGACUCGCCGAGAAAUAUCAACAGCUGAGGAUAAAAAUUCUGGGCGAUUGUUACUACUGCAUCAGUGGAGCCCCCGUUGAGCGGCCGGAUCAUGCCGUCCUGUGUGUGCACAUGGGCCUAUCCAUGGUGAAAGCGAUCAAGUACGUCCAGCAGAAGACUAACUCACCGGUGGAUAUGCGCGUCGGCAUACACACCGGUGCAGUGCUGGCGGGAAUUCUGGGCCAACGGCAAUGGCAAUUCGACGUCUACUCGAAGGAUGUCGAGCUGGCGAACAAGAUGGAAUCAAGCGGAAAAGCUGGCCGUGUCCAUCUGUCGGAAAAAACGCUCGGCUUCCUAAAUGGUGAGUUCGAAGUUGAGCCGGCCUAUGGGGAAAAGCGCGAGGAGGCCCUCCGUAUAGCGGGCCUUAAGACGUAUUUCAUCACGAAGGUGCUUAAACCGUUCUGCCCGUCGGAGCACAAAAAUGGUUCGGCCGAUCCGAAGGAUGUGGUCAUCGAGGCGGACGGACCAUCGGAAAUCUUGCGCGAUGAGGACGACCCGAAGGAUGGAAGUGAAGCGAACGGCGGUGGCGGUGACGAACCAUCAACACCGGGCACGGAUGACAAGACGGACACACUGGAGGACGAGCAGGCAUCGGAGGACUACAAGAUGCGCCUCCGCAAGGAGCUCGUCAGCCGGGACGGGCACAGUGAAAUCAGCAAGGAUACAACCAUUUUCCUCACGUUCAACGACAAAACGCACGAGACGGCCUACAACGAGUAUCGGGAGCCGCACAGCGCGGUACCGCUCCUUGCUGCCCUGCUGGUACAGUUUGUCGCCAUCCUGUACGCUCUGUUGGUUCUUCCAAGGACAGCGGUGCACUUUGAAAUUGUGAUACCGCCACUAGUGAUUAUUUUCGUGAUGGUGUUCAUUUCCGUUGCCGAAAGUCUUACCGGGAUUCUGCCGGCAUUCAUCACGCUAAACAGCAAACGAUACAACGAUAGUACCAGCUUACGGAAAUCUACGGCCAUCAUUAUCGUCCUGCUGCUGGGCGUAUCGAACGUGAGCGACAUGCUGGCGGCCUCUUACAGGACACCACUAAGCCUCAACAUUACCAACGUGUCGUUCGCUUCGACCGAGAUGGAACCGGCCAGCGUGUGUCUAUUCCCGUCGUACUUCAGUAACUAUACCGUUUUAAUACUAAUUGCCACCUCAAUCAUAACGCAAUUAUCGCAUCUCAGCAAAAUUUUAUUAAUGAUCAUCAUAACCGCGAUCCAUUGCUACGUGAAUAUCUUCCACCUGGACGAAGCAUUCCGAAACGAGGACUUUGGCAUUCUGAACGUCUUUCCACUGCGCUACACACUCUCCGCGCUGCUGGUGGCCGUCACGAUAGCACUCUCCUUCCUGGCCCGACACAUCGAUAAAGUAGAUCGUGUAAUAUUCAUGUGGAAGACGGAGGUGAUCGAUCAGAAGGAGAAGGCAAGCGAUAUGCGGCGACGGAACGAAGCGCUCGUCUACAACGUCCUGCCGAUGCACGUGGCGGAACACUUCAUGGGCAAUCGGAAGCGGUCGCACGAUGACCUGUACUCCCAGAGCUACGCUGAGGUGGGCGUACUGUUCGCCAGCAUGCCGAACUUUUCCGACUUCUACUCGGAGGAAACGGUCAACAACCAGGGGCUGGAGUGUUUGCGCUUUCUCAACGAGGUCAUUUCCGAUUUCGAUGCGCUGCUGGAGCUACCCCAGUUCCAGGACAUCAUCAAAAUUAAGACAAUCGGUUCCACCUACAUGGCAGCGAGCGGCCUAAACCCGUCCCGCAUCGUCAAACCGGAAGAUCCCGUAUCGGUUCGGUGGGCACACCUUGCCCUGCUGGUGGAGUUUGCGCUCGAGCUGAAGAAGGCCCUGCAGGGCAUUAAUGAGCAGUCCUUCAACCAUUUCGUACUGAAAAUGGGCGUUAAUCAUGGACCCAUUACGGCGGGUGUGAUUGGAGCCCGGAAGCCACAUUACGACAUCUGGGGCAACACGGUGAACGUUGCGUCCCGCAUGGAAAGUACGGGCAAAGCCGGCGCGAUACAGGUGACUGAAGAGACGUGCCAGAUUUUGCAAACCUUCGGGUACACCUUCGAACAGCGCGGUCUCGUAGCGGUCAAGGGUAAGGGUCAGCUGAUGACGUACUACCUGCAGGGUAAGGUACCGCGGCCGACCGGUCCAACUGCUUCGCCCAUCCUGCAAAAUGUAACCGCCAUGGAAACGGUCCAGGAGGUGGACGAAUCAAAAGAAAGCCCACCGGCUCUUGCGCCACCAACGACCGACGGUUCCUCACCUGCCCACCAGCUACACUCGAUGUCCUCCAGUACGACCAGCCCGAACAGUGUGCGGCUCAACCAGGAGUAUGUGGAGAUGAAGGCAUCCACCAAUAGCACGACCACCACGUUACAGGAAAGCAUCAAACAGCAAGCCAGCAGCACCUUAACGGUCGUCUCGGAGAAAACUACCACCGCCGUCUCGAACACCAUCUCCAGCACGAGCAGUACCAGCUCCACCAUGGAAACCACCGUCAGCAAAACGGCCCAAUCGAGCGUACGGUCGUCGGCACUGUACAAUGGUGGUGAAGCAACUCCGGCAGAUGAGAGUGACGCCCAAACACCGUUGCUCGAGGGUAAAAACAGUACCAACUCUAGCUCGCAUCACUUUGGCGAGGGCGAAAAGGAUGCACUGUUGGAGAAUGGCUCCUAA